AUGAAGAACGUGCAAGAUUUAUACCAUGACAAUGGAAGGAAAGUGUUUAUGGGAAGGGAGGUCAGACCAGUCCAUGACUGCAGACAUGAGAUAAUGAAAAAUCACACAGACCCAAAGGAGUAUGAGACAUGGCUACUGGCUCAUGGACUGACAGAGACAAGCAGGGCUCUGGCCAGCCUGCACAUCAGAUCCAAACCACCAACAGCUGGUUCCAAAAAGGGAGACAAACUUCUGUACAAGCUUGGUGCAUAUGGAAAUCCUGAGGGUGAGUUUAAUUACCCGAGAGGUGUCUGCAUAACUAUGGCUGGCAGUAUCUUGAUUGCAGACACAAAUAACCACCAUAUACAACAGUUUACACAGUUUGGUGUGUUCAUGAGCCAAUUUGGCAAAUGUGGCGUACAGCCAGGAGAGUUUCAGGAGCCUUGUGAUGUCAUUGAACUGCCGAAUGGGGAUAUAGCGGUCGCAGACAGCAAAAAUAGUCGUGUGCAGAUAUUUACAGACAUGUUUGUGUACAAGCACCAUAUUGACCUGCCUGGUCCGGGGCUGCCAUACAGUUUGAGCUGCAGCAGAGAGAUGGAUGUUGUAGCUGCUACUACCAAAAGGAAGCUUUACAUAUUCAAUGCCUAUGAGAGGGAAUUGAAAAGAUCUUUUUCUGUGGGAUCAAAGUCCAAGUCCAAGUGUAUUCCAGUGCAUGUUUCAGUGACAUAUGACUCCAAGGUUAUUGUCAGUGAUCCUGAAGAUGGCUGUAUCUAUAUUUACACACUAAAUGCAGAGUUGCUGAGUUCUUUUACACCUGAAGCACACACACCUGGACUUGCCAUUGUUGUUGGGGGAGUGUGUGUCACACCUUGUGGAGAUAUUCUUGUGGCUGAUGUACUUAACCAUGUUGUCAACUUGUACACAGACACUGGAGUGUUUUUGCAGCAAGUUUUAACACCACAUGAUGGUGUAGGUACUCUCCACUCUUUGGCUCUUGGGCCAGAUGGUCAUUUGGCUGUUACAGAGUUCAGUGUAGGAGGUGACCACUGUGUGAAAGUCUUUCGGUUCUAUGAAUGUCGAUGCCACGGUGAUGCAGUCCCUGCCAGGAAAAGGAGAAGCAUUGUUGCUGCUUCCUUAGAAAAUGAUGGGUUUAACUAA